AGCAAUAUCGCUUAAACGCUUGACUCGUGAUGACGUACAUGGAUCCCGGCCCUCGGAGGCCGCAAUUACGAUUUAAAGUCUGCACAGUUGGGGAGAUCGUCAUCCACACUUUUUCUCAGACACCACACUAUGGCACCCAUAACCAACGCACGCGUUCUCUUCAAUGAGAUCCCCGCCGAUUAUCCUAUCCCGGGAAAGACGACGGUCUACGAUACUUCGGAGACGAUCGACUUGGAAACUGUGCCGCUCAACGGCGGGAUUCUUGUCAAGACUCUCGUUCUGUCGGCGGAUCCUUACAUGAGGGGGCGUAUGCGGGAUGCAGCGGUCAAAUCUUAUGUCCCUGCCUUUCCUCUCGGCCAACCUCUGACUGGUGGCGGAGUCGGUGUCGUGCUACGCUCUGAAGUCCCCAAGUAUCCGCCCGGCUCGUACAUCCUGGGCUUCUUUGCCCACAAGCAAUACGUCGUCUUCGAAAAUGUGAACGAGCAAAGCCUCUCGCCCGUGACGCUCAUCAAACGGGAUCCAAGAUUGCCUCUCUCGACGUACUUGGGGGCUGCUGGCAUGCCUGCCGAGACCGCCUACUAUGCAUGGAAAGAGUACGCACACGCUAAGAAGGGUGAAACCGUGUUUGUGACCACCGGCGCCGGCCCGGUUGGCUCCAUGGUCAUCCAGAUCGCGAAGCGGGACGGACUCAAGGUCAUCGCCUCUGCCGGCUCGGAGGACAAGGUCGCCUUCAUGAAAUCGAUCGGUGCCGACGUCGCUUUCAACUACAAGACUGCAGAUACCAGACAAAUUUUGGAAAAGGAGGGGCCUAUCGACAUCUUCUGGGACAACGUUGGCGGCGACAUCCUGGAUGCUGCCAUGGAGAACGCCAACUCCUUUGCGAGAAUCAUUCCACUUUCCAGGAAUGCGGCCAGAUCUCCGGCACGAUACAACGGCAAAUUCGCACCGAUGAGCAACCCUGGCCUGAUCUUCCAGAAGUGUCUUGCAAUCAACGGUUUCCUUGUGAGCAACCUUCGCUCGAAGUGGCAGGCUGCAUUCGAGGAGGAUGUGAUCCCGAAGGUGGCCAGCGGUGAGUACAAAUAUAAGGAAGACGCCUCGGUUGGGUUGGAAAAGGUCGGGGAUGUCAUUCUCAGUGUCCAGAAGGGCACGAACACAGGAAAGGCAAUCAUCAUCGUUGCUGAAGAGUAGACAUGUAGAGAAAAAAGCGUGUAGAUCAAUAUUGAUAUUUGUACAUUUAGUAAUAGGUAACCACGAUUUUGAAAAGUCCGUAUCCCCUCUUACUAUAAGCUCAGUUGGAAGAGCAUCAGACUGAAAAUUCCGGAUGAU